UUUCACUCAAACUGUUACAUCUCUCACUCUUUUAAAGCUUCAGCCUUUCCUUUUCUUUUUGUUUUUCAUCUCCUCAAAAAAAAAAAAAUAGUAAUAAUAAUAAUUAAAGGAAGAAGAGGUUCAAUCUUUGAUAAUUAGGCGAUGGAACUUAUCCCUAAUCUUCCCGACGACGUUGCUCGCGAGUGUCUCCUACGUACCUCCUACAAACAAUUCCCUGUAAUCGCCUCCGUUUGCAAAGGCUGGAACUGUGAAGUGUCUCUCUCUCAGUUUUUCCAGCAACGGAAAGCUUCAGGGCAUAGCCAAGAGCUUCUUAUCCUGUCACAAGCCCGGGUCGACCCUGACCGAGAAUCCGGAUCCGGAAAGAAUUUCGCCACGCCGGUAUAUUGGCUCGCUGUUCUCGAGUCCGGGUCGGGUCUUUGGACGGAGCUUCCUCCGAUUCCGGGUCAAUCCAACGGGCUACCUCUGUUUUGUAGACUGGUCUCCGUCGGGUCGGAUCUUGUUGUUUUGGGUGGGCUCGACCCGGUUACAUGGCAGGCCUCUGAUUCGGUCUUCGUCUUCAGUUUUCUCACCUCCAAAUGGCGUGUGGGGGCAGCCAUGCCAGGUGUACGGAGAUCCUUCUUCGGAUGCGCUUCAGAUUCUGAUCGGACGGUGUUGGUUGCGGGCGGGCAUGACGAAGAGAAGCAAGCGCUGACAUCAGCAAUUUGUUAUGACGUGGCAGAAGACAAGUGGGCGCUUUUACCUGAUAUGGCACGGGAACGAGACGAAUGCAAAGCGAUAUUCCACGCUGGCAGAUUCCACGUCAUCAGUGGAUACGCCACGGAGGAACAGGGCCGGUUCAGUAAAACCGUUGAAUCGUUUGACGUGUCCACGUGGCAAUGGGGUCCACAGACGGAGGACUUCCUCGACACCGGCGAUACAGUUAGUCCUCCGAUCUGCGCCGCCGGUGAAAACGGAGAUCUGUACGCUUGCUGGCGUGGCGAUUUGAUGAUGCUGAGAGAUGACACAUGGCAAAAGGUGGGCCAGAUCCCUGCUGAUGUGUACAAUGUGGCAUACGUGGGGGUGAGGUCCGGGAACCUGAUUGUGAUCGGCAACGGCAAAGCUUUGGUUGGUUACGGUGAAGCCACUGUUGGGUAUACCUGUGAUUUAAGUAGCUUUCGGUGGGUAAAAUUGGAAACAAAUUUUGGUCAUGUUCAAGCUGGUUGCUUCUUGGAGGUCUAAUGAAAAACUCAAAUCUUCAGAGUUUGGAUCUAUAUCCCAACAAUUUAGUCGGUUUUAUCGUUUGUUAAUCUUAAAAAAGAAAGAAAAUUAGUUCUGGGAAUGUAAAUAUGUAUUCUAUUAAUCUUAUAUGAUAUGGUAUUUAUUCAUU